AUCACCCCCUCCCCACUGCCAGCCUGCACUCCCCCAUGAAGACUCAGAACAUCGUGGAUGUGAGCAAAGCGGGCAGGGGCGACGGCAACACAGACCUCCCAAACAGCAUGGCCGUCAAUGUCUAUUCCACCUCCGUGACCAGUGAGAAUCUGAGUCGUCAUGACAUGCUCGCCUGGGUCAACGAUUCCCUGCACCUCAACUACACCAAGAUAGAACAACUCUGUUCGGGGGCUGCCUACUGCCAGUUCAUGGACAUGCUCUUUCCUGGCUGUGUACACUUGAGGAAGGUGAAGUUCCAGGCCAAGUUGGAGCAUGAGUAUAUCCACAACUUCAAAGUGCUUCAAGCUGCUUUCAAGAAGAUGGGCGUUGACAAAAUCAUCCCGGUAGAGAAAUUAGUGAAAGGAAAAUUCCAGGAUAAUUUUGAGUUUAUUCAGUGGUUUAAGAAAUUCUUUGACGCAAACUAUGACGGGAAGGAUUACAACCCCCUGCUGGCCCGGCAGGGCCAGGAAGUGGCGCCGCCUCCUAACCCAGGUGAUCAGAUCUUCAACAAACCCAAGAAACUCAUUGGCACCGCAGUUCCGCAGAGGACGUCACCCACGGGCCCCAAGAGCAUGCAGCCACCGGGCCGGCUGAGCAACGUGGCACCCACCUGCAUUCUGCGGAAGAACCCCCCCUCGGCUCGCAAUGGCGGUCACGAGGCCGACGCCCAGAUCCUCGAACUCAACCAGCAGCUGCUGGACCUGAAGCUGACCGUGGACGGCCUGGAGAAGGAGCGUGACUUCUACUUCAGUAAAUUGCGUGACAUCGAGCUCAUCUGCCAGGAACACGAAAGCGAAAACAGCCCCGUCAUAUCUGGCAUCAUCGGUAUUCUCUACGCUACUGAGGAAGGAUUUGCGCCCCCGGAAGAUGACGAGAUUGAAGAGCAGCAGCAAGAGGACCAGGAUGAAUAUUAAAGGGGACCCAGCCCCUGCCGGCCCCAGCGAACGGCGCGGCUCCUCCCGCGCCCCCUCCCCAACACAUUAUAACCCUUUCCUCACAACCAGACAGCUGGCCGGGUGCUUUGUGUCAGCGCCGCCGACGCGGGGAGCCCUGGAGAGCGGGGGGGCGAGGGCAGGGACGGGGACUGGGGGCAAGAGGCCCACCCACCCCCCCGCCCCUAUUUAUUUCCGUUGUCUCGGCUGAAUCGGUCAACACUUUCCAAGGUGGCGCUGCCCACCGAGCCGCCCACCCGCUCCGCUCCCCUCCCCGCCCCUCCGCCCCCGACGGCUAGCGGCUAUAUGGUAUCGACAGACAAAUUCAUUGGUAUAUUUUUACUUACUGGAUUUUCCUUGCACUUUGCCUCUUCUCUUCCCCCAGGUCCUGAGGCCAGCCAUGCCCUUCCCCGUGCCCGAGAUUCCCCCAGAUUCUUAUUUAUUUUGUCAUUUGAUUUUUUUUCCAGUGGCUGAGGAGACGGUGUCCGGGAGAAUAGGGGAGGGUUUUACAGCCUAGUGAGGGCUUGGGAGGGGUGGAGGGAGGAAGCGGGGGCAGGAAGAGGGAGGGGAAAGGGAGCUUCUGAAAGGUGGGGACUUCCCCACCCGGCACUGGGCCCACCCUCUGAAUCCACUGCCCCCAGCAUUGAAGCCUAGCACCGUCCCUCCCCGUUCCCGCGGCUCAGUUCAUGCCACACGGACUCUGCCUGGAUCCUGCUGUGUGUCGACUCCCCUGCCCGCUCGGGCGGUUCAGCCUGCAUCUGUGUUCACUUUUAUUUAAAAUAAACUUGUGUGGUAAAAGUCA